UAUAAACAUUUAGUGAGCACCUAUUAAUGGAGAGCGCUCAUUGUAGACUUUGAAGCUCUUUGAGGGUGGGAGUAUGCCGCAUCCGUCUGUCUUUACUCUUUGCAGCAGGGAGGUAAAGCUCCAUUUCCAUCCCUCCUCAGUGAGUCAGCAGUUAGUGGUGAGGCUAAGGCUUACCUCUGCCUUUCUCACCCAGCACAGGGUCUGGAGGUGAGCAAGGGAAUGGGAGGAGGUCAGCCCAGUAUGGGAAUCAGUUCUUCUCAGGGACCCAGACAUCCAUCCCUCAAGACUCCAGUCCUUGUCCUACUCCAGCCCUUGUCCUACUCCAGUCCUUGUCCUACUCCAGUCCUUGUCCUACUCCAGCCCUUGUCUUCAGGUUUGUGGGUCAGCUCUUCCUUCAGCACUGAUCUUGAGGGUAUAGAAGAAUGCAAACCACAUUGGAAACCUGGAGAUCGGUGUUCUCAUUUCAGCUCUGCUGACUGGCUUUCUGCAAGCUACCUUCCCUCCCCAGGCCUCAGUUUCCCUCUCUGCUGAGCCAGAAGAUGUCUAAAGCCCCCUUUGGUUCCACCCUGAGAACCUAUCUCCAUACCCCAACUUCUCCCUCAGUUCAGAGAACCCAGGCAUCCAGUUGCCCCACCCCAGCUCUGGGUAAACAGGAAGCUGGGUGAGGGGAGCCGGGGUGUGUGGAAAGUCCCAGCCAGGUGUAUGGGUCUAUAGGGAGGGGGUGGCCCCAUCCCUGAGGUAUGAAAGCCCCCGCUCUGCCUCUGGUUCAGUCUCAAUGGGGGCAAUGGGGCUGGAGGGCAGGGGUGGGAGGCUCCAGGGGAAAGGCACCCUCCUGCUCGCUGUGGCAGGAGCCACAUUUCUGGUGACCCUGUUGCUGGUGGUGCCUAUCACUGUCCUGGCUGUGCUGGCCUUGGUGCCCCAGGAUCAGGGAGGACUGGUAACGGAGACCGCUGACCCCGGGGCACAGGCCCAGCAAGGACUGGGGUUUCAGAAGCUGCCGGAGGAGGAGCCAGAAACAGAUCUCGGCCCCGAGCUCCCAGCUGCCCACCUCAUAGGCGCUCCGCUGAAGGGGCAGGGGCUAGCCUGGGAGGCGACGAAGGAACAGGCGUUUCUGAGCAGCGGGACGCAGUUCUCGGACGCCGAGGGGCUGGCUCUCCCUCAGGACGGCCUCUAUUACCUCUACUGUUUCGUCGGCUACCGGGGCCGGGCGCCCCCUGGCGGCGAGGGUCCCCGGGGCCGCUCGGUCACGCUGCGCAGCUCGCUGUACCGGGAGGGGGGCGCCUACGGGCCGGGCACUCCCGAGCUGCUGCUCGAGGGCGCCGAGACCGUGACCAUCGUGCUGGACCCGGCCGGGAGGCAAGGGUACGGGCCUCUCUGGUACACGAGCGUGGGGUUCGGAGGCCUGGUGCAGCUCCGGAGGGGCGAGAAGGUGUACGUCAACAUCAGUCACCCCGAUAUGGUGGACUUCGCCAGAGGGAAGACCUUCUUUGGGGCUGUGAUGGUGGGGUGAGGGGAUAUGACUGCGUGAUGCGAGUGUGUGAAUAUUGGGGUCCCGGACGCCCAGGACCCCAUGGCAGUGGGAAAAAUGUAGGAGACUGUUUGGAAAUUGAUUUUGAGUCUGAUGAAAAUAAAGAAUGGAAAGCUUCAGUGCUGCUGAUGAUACAGA